GCCGCUUAUCGCGGGAUGAGACUUGUGGCGUCCGGACUAGCUGUCAGGCAGGAGCCAAAGAGCUGCACAUUAAAGGCGUUGCGGGACGUUUCAGCAGCGAUACGGGACUGCGGGGUUUGUUUAGAAAAUCGGGACUGUCCCGCGAAAAGCGGGGCUGCUGGGCGGCGGGUUCCACAUGUACAUAUACAAGAAUAAUGAAUUUUUAUGACAUCUAAAACCUUUUUCGAGAGGGAAAUCACAGUUUCAUAAUCAUGCCGCCCAGACCUUCCUCCGGUGAGCUAUGGGGUAUUCAUUUGAUGCCCCCAAGAAUUCUAGUGGAAUGUUUAUUACCAAAUGGAAUGGUGGUGGUUUUAGAAUGUCUUCGUGAAGCGACCCUUGUAAAUAUCAAACAUGAGCUCUUUAAAGAGGCCCGAAAGUACCCUCUUUACCAUCUACUCCAAGAUGAGUCCUCUUAUAUUUUUGUGAGUGUAACACAGGAUGCUGAAAGAGAAGAAUUUUUUGACGAGACCCGCCGCCUUUGUGAUCUUCGACUGUUCCAACCUUUCUUGAAAGUAGUUGAGCCUGUAGGAAACCGAGAAGAGAAAAUCCUUAAUCGAGAAAUUGGCUUUGCCAUUGGAAUGCCGGUAUGUGAAUUUGAUAUGGUUAAGGAUUCGGAGGUUCAGGACUUUAGGAAAAAUGUCCUAAAUGUUUGCAAAGAUUCAGUCGAACUUCGUGAUGCUAAUGGGCCGAUCAGCAGAGCGUUGUAUGUUUACCCACCUAAUGUAGAAUCCUCUUCAGAGCUUCCCAAACACAUAGAAAGCAAACUAGAUAAAGGGCAAAUAAUUGUGGUCAUAUGGGUCAUUGUAUCUCCUAACAACGAAAAGCAGAAGUAUUCUUUGAAGAUUAACCAUGAUUGUGUGCCAGAACAUGUAAUCGCUGAAGCUAUCAGGAAGAAAACAAGGAGUAUGCUGCUGUCAACAGAACAGCUAAAGCUUUGUGUUCUGGAGUACCAAGGAAAAUACAUUUUGAAGGUCUGUGGAUGUGAUGAGUAUUUGUUGGAAAAAUAUCCACUGAGUCAGUAUAAGUAUAUAAGAAGUUGUAUAAUGCUUGGUCGGAUGCCUAAUUUAAUGUUAAUGGCCAAAGAGAGCCUGUACAAUCAAAUUCCAGUGGAUAUAUUUACAAUGCCAUCUUAUUCAAGGAGGAUUUCCACAGCAGCACCAUACAUGAAUGGAGAAGCUUCAGCCAAGUCAUUGUGGGCGAUCAACAGUACUCUUAGAAUAAAAAUCCUUUGUGCCACAUAUGUCAAUGUAAACAUUCGAGACAUUGAUAAGAUCUAUGUUCGAACUGGAAUCUAUCAUGGAGUUGAGCCAUUAUGUGACAAUGUUAACACUCAGAGGGUGCCUUGCUCAAAUCCAAGAUGGAAUGAAUGGCUUUUAUAUGAUAUGUUCAUUCCUGAUUUACCACGAGCUGCACGAGUUUGCCUCUCCAUUUGCUCCGUAAAGGGACGGAAGGGUGCCAAAGAAGAGCACUGCCCUUUAGCAUGGGGAAAUAUUAACCUGUUUGACUACACAGAUACACUGGUGUCUGGAAAAAUGGCUCUAAAUUUGUGGCCUGUACCUCAUGGGUUAGAAGAUUUGCUAAAUCCUAUUGGAGUUAGUGGCUCCAAUCCUAACAAGGAAACACCCUGUUUGGAACUAGAAUUUGACUGUUUCAGUAGCCCAGUCAAAUUUCCUGAUAUGACCGCAAUCGAAGAUCAUGCAAAUAAAGUUCUGGAGCGAGAAUUGGGCUAUAAUUACAGCCAUUCUGGACUGAGUAACAGAAUUGUUAGAGAAAAUGAAGUAAGAGAAAAUGACAAAGAGCAGCUCAGAGCCAUUUCUAACCGUGACCCUCUUUCUGAAAUUACUGAACAAGAAAAAGAAUUCCUUUGGAGCCACAGACUUUAUUGUCGAAACAUACCUGAAGUUCUUUCUAAGCUUCUUCUGUCUGUGAAAUGGAAUUGCAGAGAUGAUGUUUCACAGAUGUAUUGUCUUCUAAAAGAGUGGCCUGCUAUCCGGCCAGAACAAGCAAUGGAACUGUUGGAUUUUAAUUACCCAGAUCGGAUUGUACGGUCAUUUGCCGUUUCUUGCCUUGAGAAGUAUUUGACAGAUGAUAAGCUAUCGCAGUUUUUGAUCCAACUUGUGCAGGUUAUGAAAUAUGAGCAGUACUUGGACAACCAUCUAGUGAGAUUUCUGUUGAAAAGGGCUCUGGUCAAUCAAAGAAUAGGACAUUUCUUUUUCUGGCAUUUAAAGUCUGAAAUGCACAAUAAAACGGUCAGCCAGAGGUUUGGUCUUUUGCUGGAAUCCUAUUGCCGUGCAUGUGGAAUGUAUUUAAAACAUUUAAGUAAGCAGGUGGAGGCAAUGGAAAAACUGAUCAACCUCACAGAUAUUCUAAAGCAGGAGAAGAAGGAUGAGACACAAAAGGUGCAAAUGAAGUUCCUGGUUGAACAAAUGAAGCGGCCAGAUUUUAUGGAUGCGUUACAGGGAUUUACGUCUCCUCUAAAUCCUGCUCACCAAUUAGGAAACCUCAGGCUUGAAGAGUGCAGAAUAAUGUCAUCUGCAAAAAGACCACUCUGGUUAAACUGGGAAAAUCCAGAUAUCAUGUCAGAGAUGCUGUUUUUGAAUAAUGAGAUCAUCUUUAAAAAUGGAGAUGAUUUACGACAAGACAUGCUUACGCUCCAGAUCAUAAGAAUCAUGGAAAACAUUUGGCAAAAUCAAGGCCUUGAUCUACGGAUGUUGCCAUAUGGAUGCUUGUCAAUUGGGGACUGUGUAGGACUUAUUGAAGUAGUGAGAUGCUCACAUACGAUUAUGCAGAUUCAGUGCAAAGGAGGUUUGAAAGGAGCGUUGCAGUUCAACAGUCACACAUUGCAUCAAUGGCUCAAGGAUAAAAACAAGGGUGAAACAUACGAUGCCGCCAUCGACCUAUUCACUCGAUCGUGUGCCGGUUACUGUGUUGCAACUUUCAUUCUUGGAAUAGGUGAUCGGCAUAACAGUAACAUUAUGGUUAAAGACAAUGGGCAGCUGUUUCACAUAGAUUUUGGGCACUUUCUGGAUCACAAAAAGAAAAAAUUUGGCUAUAAACGCGAAAGGGUACCAUUUGUCUUAACCCAAGAUUUUCUGAUUGUGAUCAGCAAGGGAAUUCAAGAAUGCACGAAAACCAGGGAUUUUGAGAGAUUUCAAGAGAUGUGUUACAAAGCUUACUUGGCAAUCCGUCAGCAUGCCAACCUUUUCAUCAACUUAUUCUCUAUGAUGCUUGGCUCUGGAAUGCCUGAACUGCAGUCUUUUGAUGACAUUGCCUAUAUUCGAAAGACAUUAGCAUUGGAUAAAACUGAACAAGAGGCUUUGGAAUACUUCAUGAAGCAGAUGAAUGACGCACAUCAUGGUGGCUGGACAACAAAAAUGGACUGGAUCUUCCAUACAAUAAAGCAUCUUUAAUUCGAACAGGGAAGCUGGCAAAUGACUUACAACCAUAUUCUGGGUUGAGCACUGCGCUGUUAUUAGUGACAGCCAUCAACGAACAGCUGAAUAUGAAUUGCACAAACCACACAAAGCAUUAAUUUCACAGCAGCUACGACAAUUUAACAGAAUCAUUAACACUUACAGGGUCGUCAACAACACUACGUUUUGUGAGCAAAAAUAGUUAAGCCUGUAUAGUUAUGCCUUAAGCCCAAACCGAAGGCUAACCUCCACUUGUGUUUAAUAGCCAAGGUUACAACCUCUUUGAUACAAAUAGUAGUUUGGCGUCAAAAAAUAUUUUUGUGAUUCCCAUGUGCGUUUCGAAAUGCUGAUUGUGAUCCAUUGUGUAAAAGGAGUGAUGCCAGAAAAGGUAUAGGAGGCUGUUAUCCUCCUUGUAUGUCUCACAGUAUUUUUUAACUUAUAUGAGUUUAACAGGUCGCUUAUUUUUACUUUCCAUGCUGAUCCUACCUAAGCCUUCUGAGAAACAUUGCAACAUUUCUGCAUUUUUUUUUUCUUUUUAUCAUGACAAACAAUUCACUGUUGUGAAUAGCAAAAUGUGAAACUUGAAGUUAAGAUGAAGUCCCAGUGUGGUCAAAACCCAAACAUUUAACAAGCACACAACAUGUGUGGCUGUGUCUGUCUCUUUGUGUAUUUCUUCAUGUUGAAAUACUACCAACCCAGAGACCAGAAGAGCAAUCUACUUUAUUUCUCUAAAUGGAUGUCAUGCUUAAUAUAGAGCUCUUAUUUUUAUAGUCUUCCUAGGCUAUUUUGAGGAAUGCUGGUGUAUUUUAGUGCUGACAAAGUGUGUAUUGCAGCAGUCUUCACUGAUAUCUAGGUUCCAGUAAUCAGUCCAUUUUAUUUACCAUUUGUUUCUAAGUAUUUUUAGGGGAAAUCUAUAUUAACUUUUAAGUGUAUAGAUAUUUUUUAUAUUUUGUACAUACAUUUGAUUUUGCCUUGGUUCAGCAUUGUGUAUAUAAUUACAGAUAUAUGCACAUAGGUGCAUUUACACACACUCAUCCAUUUAUGUAUUUUCUGGAGAGAGACCCCCUAAGGUAUGUCGAGACCACAUUUUAAAGAGAUGUUAAAAAAAAAAAAAGCACAGCGACUGUCUGAGCGAUUUUGGUGCGAGUGUUUCUAAAUGGGUUCAUAACUUGUUGCUUGCCUAGAAGCAUGCAGUGUGCUUAAAUCUAGUAUUUUGUAUUCAUUUCACAUGCAGUCGUAAUCAGAAAGAAUAAUCUGACAAUCGGCAAUACAGUUUUUUAGGGUGGCCAUAUAUAACCAAAUCUAAUUGGGCAGUUUGGCCUAUUUCGGCCAUAAUUUUGAUUUGGGCAGUGUCUUUUGAAAGUUUAUAUACUCUUGCAAGCGGGUAGAUGGGGCAUCAGCUGAUACAGAAUUGAGCAGAACUGCUGGUCUUUCUUGCUUCUGCUCAGAUGGCCCAAAUGAAUGGAAUAAUCUGGCCAUCUGCAAAGAUGUCUCAAUCGCACAAUAUGUAACCUUUUACAUCAUCAGAUGGGUGGCGUUGAGGUAGACAUGGCCUCCUUGGAUUUAACUAUGUAAAAUUACCCAGUUGUUUCACUUAAAAAUUAGCCAAUGUGGGGCACAAACUAAUCUAUCUUACACUCACGUAUACUGCCAGUCAAGGUACAGUAAGACAAAGCAAAAUAUCAGAAUUUAGGGACAGGCACCAGGCAGAUCCCCGUACAAGUACAGUUUAAUCACACAGCAUGUUUUGGGCUUCAACCCCCUGAUGAAUUGCCUUAAGUUAUCAUGAAAUUAAAUGUUUAUCCUAAUUCUGUACUUUUAUUACUAAAGCAGCUACUGCUUAACAUUCUUACCUCUUAGAGGUGGAUCAAAGUGUAUUCUUUAAAUUCUAUAUGAUUUCGAUUUUGACAAUGAAGGCAGUGUGUUUCAAGGAAUUAUUUACUAUUUAUACUUUGCUACAAGGUUGCUCCAAAUUCAUUAACACAUCAUGUUUGAUUUUACUUACUGUGCUUCAGUGAAGAUUCACCUGAAACACACAGAUCUUAUUUAAGUGAUAUAAUAUAAUAUUACAGGAUGGGAUUUAUUAUCCAGAAUGCUUGGGACCGGGAGAUAAUGGAUCUUUCCAUAAUUUGGAUCUCCAUAACUCGUCUACUAUAAAUCAUUUAAACAUUAAGGGGCAGAUUUAUUAAGGUUCGAAUUGUUUUCCAUUAAAAAUUAGAGUUGUCAAGUUUAUUUUUAGAAUCAAAGAUCAGUUUUUCAGAUAAAAAAAAUUAUUAUUUUUUUUUAUAUUUAUUACAUCUCGACCCUGGGAUAGCUCGAAUCUGAAAAUUCAUAAUCUAAAACCUGUCGAGGUCAUGUAGAAGUCAAUGGCCGAGGUCCCUUGAACCAUUUGACGAUGCGAAUAGCCUUCACGAUGUUUGAGUUUUUUUUUUCUCGCAGAAAACUUGAUUAAUUCGAGUUCAGGUUGUUAACCCCGAACUCUCUGACUCUAGGUUUUUCUUAAUUAGAAACCAUUUGAGUUGCGAGUUAAUUUGAGGUAUAAAAAAACUAGAAAAU